CGAUUCGAAGUUAAAACGAAAAAAACCUCCUCUAAACAAAAUAGUUGUUUAGAUGUUGCGAGUGAGUUUUCAUUAGGACUUUUCACCCCCAAAGCAAACAAUGUGGGUACUUUUAAUCUUGAAACUGAUAACGAUAUUUAUUGUGUGUGACGGAAAGAAUUUAUACAAUGUUGACUUUCUCGAGCCUGGAAGCUCGAUUGAGGUGAACCCCGGGCCCCCGGGACGAUUGGGUUUCUCAGCACCGUCAAUGAGGAUAUUCUGCUACCGGGGACGCCCAAAAUUUGCCCUACAUCUCUUCCAUUCAGUCAAUUUCUUCCUGGACAUUCAGGAGGAAGACUUUGUACAGUAUGUUGGAUCAACGCCGGAAGAAGUUGAGAGUCACCGGGAUAGUCAAAAGUCCCUGUUUUCCUUCAAUUUGGGCUUUUCGAAGAAGCGCAAUCUCCAGGUGCAUCCCUUCAAUCAGACUUGCGUGGGAAUUGAGACUUUUGAAUCGUACAAAAUUAGUUUGCAUCUCAUCCGUUUUGACCUCUUUAAAGUCCUCCUGCUCUGCAUUGGCACCUUUAUUCUCUUCUCUGCAUCGCGCUUGAGUGAAAAUGCCCUCUUCUACUACAUUUGCGGCGUCACUCUGGGGAUUUGCGCCUCCUUCCUCCUCCUGGUUUACUUUGUCAGCAAACUCUUCCCACAGCGACCACUAAUGUGGGGAAUGAUGGUUGGUGGAUGGGGGCUGGGAUUUGUCUUUGGCAAGUGGCUCCUUGAGAAUCUUCAGAUGAUCUUUCUUUCGUAUCAAACUUAUGUGUUUUGGUACGUUGCUGUGAUGGGCUUCUUGAGUUUCGUGAUAUGUUACCGUUAUGGACCGCCAAAGGAUCAAAGGAGUAAAAAUCUCAUCAAGUGGGGCCUACAGAUGCUGGCAAUCUGCAUUGUCUACCAGUGCAGUCACUACACUGAGCUCGCAAUGGCCAUCAAUGUUGCCCUGGUGGUCAUUUACUACCUCCCAAAGGGCUGGAUUGCACGCGGACGUUCCUACUACAGGCGCAAAUUCCCCCCGAAGCGUCGGCUCCUGACAAGCGAGGAAUUCUACGAGGAGGGUGUCCGGGAAACAACACGAGCCCUCGAGGAACUCCGUCAGUACUGCAGUAGUCCGGAAUGCCGACAAUGGCGAACGGUGCUGCGCUUAAAGGAUCCAUCGCGUUUUGCAUCCUUCAUGGAGGGCUCAUCGCAUCUCAUGGACAGCGAAAUACUCGACUACGAGACAUCCCAGGUGGACAUCUCGGACGAUGAGAACGUCAACGGAGGCGAUGGGAGUGAGAAUGAGAUCAGCGAAGAUGAUUCAGAGACUGAAGCCAAUCGUGAGGUGGCCAAUGGGUUCAAUCGGUGGAAUAGAUCAGCAGCAAAUGCCAGCGAUGGGAGGCUCAGUGCGAGUAUCCUCAGGGCCAGAGGACGUGCCAACAAGUCGCAUUUUCAGGAUGACUCAUACAAAGACUGUUCAGAGGAAAAAAAAGCAUCAUUCGCUGCGAUUUGUUUGCAAGGUAAAAACUACCUUUUCACCACCUGUUUAGCUCGAAGACACCACGCAAAAGGAUUUCUUGGAAAAAGAAAAAUGUCUGAAACGUCGAGUAAUUGCGAUGCAGCUGAGGAAUCCUUCCAGGACGCCAUGGAGAGCAUUGAGACAUCAUCAUGUGCUAGUGAUUCAACAGAUACAGAUGAUACGGAGCAAUUAACAGCGGAUUUUGAGGUGUUGAAUCUCUCAUCUCCCGAUGAGGAAGCCACCAAAUCCCCCGUGGAGCGUGAAAGUCGCAGUACGGAUUCGUGGGAGAAAGUCGAUGAGGAUGAUGUUCUUAUCCUGGAGGAGACUAUUGUUAAUUUAGAUGAGGAAAGUACUCUUGACGCGACGCAGGAAACCGUCGUUGUUCAAGCUCCUGUUGCUCCAAUUGAAGCCCCAGUGGCUCCAAUCGAAGCUCCUGUUGCUCCAAUCGAUGCCCCAAUUGCUCAUUGUUCCCGGGAUGAUCCCCAAGCUCCUGGGGCAUCUGCUGCACCUCAAUCAGCAGCACCUGCUGCGAAGGAAAGUACUUCUGGUGAGGAGGUGAAGCCUAAAAGUACGUGUAGGCCAAUUGAGGAGUGGAAGAAAAUCGCAGAGAAAUACGAACGUGCUAAACAAAAUAGUCGUGUCCACGAAAGUAUUCAGAGGUAUUUGUAUCUGUUGCGUCAGCGCUCCGUUCAGGAUGAACUUGACGACACCGCCAGUUCAUGUUCAUCCCAUGACAGUGAAUCGGAUGACGAAGAGAUUCGCGAGAAUAUUGCUACCUUAAUGCGGGAAAUGAUGAAAAAUUCCCGAAGGCACAGGUAUCCAGAAAGAGGCAGAAUGAAUAGCGUUAUCCACCGAGCUGCAACAGCCGCUGAAACCCUCAAGAUUACUCUCCGUGGGCACUAUAGCUUUGACAUAAUCUCAUGCACCCUGGCAGUGCUGGACAAGGUCACGAAGGAUUUGUGGGUGGAACGGACUCUAUCGGGUGGAAAGUCGGGUUUGGGUGAAUUCGUCACGUUUCUCCAUACACGAGCUUUACUCGCCAAAGAUGAGGAUUUUAAUACAAAAGGAAAGCCAUCAGGAGGAGUAAUUCAUUGCUAUUGCUGCAAAAAUGUGCACAAGAUGUUUGGAUGCGAAUUCUUCCGAAGCCAGGAUGUUAAUAUGCGCUGGCGAAUGGCCAAGGAUAGCCGUUUGUGUUCAAACUGCCUCCAAGGAAGGCAUCCCGUGAGUGAAUGCAGGAGCAUCAAUAAUUGCAAAUCCUGCAACAAGCGUCACAAUACAAUCCUGCAUAAGAGCGUAGAAGUCCGAGCACAAGCUCGCAAGUUACGUAGAAUGCGUAAGAAGGAAGAAAAGAAGAAGGCAGCAGAGGAAGCAAGGAAGAAGGAAGAGGAGGAAGCAAAGAAGAAGUCAGCGGAGGAUGCUGCAGAAUAUUAUCGGCAGUUUGUAGAAGAGCUUCUAAAGGGUGAGAAAUCCCAAAAGCCAGCAACUUCCAAGAAUCCCUUCAGACCCCCGAAGUCUUCUGCUGGAAAUUCCAAGAAGGACACUCGUAAAGCUGAGCAGGAUAACAAGAAAAUGGGCACUUAAUUCUACUCUACCUGCAAGAAAGGUAGAAAAUGACCUGAAAUGUAAUUUUUGUGUUCAAAAUAUUUUUUUUUCUUCGUCCUAAAAUAAUUGACAAUGAACUUAUUCUGCAUGAGAAUAAUAUUUUUAAUGCCAUGAAAACUUUCUUACGACUGAAAUCUCUUAAUUCUUUUUCUUUAUUUUUUUUGAAAUUAAGUAUUUGUUAAUGUAGAGAGAAUUAUGUAAAAC